CCUUGUCCGUCCCUCCCUGAGAACCAGAAGGCCACCCACCUUCCAAGGCAGGGGAGGGGCCAUGGACGACCCCGUCGAGCGCUUGAAGGACGGGUUCCACAAGUUCAAGACCGAGGUCUAUGACAAGAAGCCGGAGCUGUUCGAGCCUCUCAAGGCCGGCCAGGCCCCCAAGUACGUGGUGUUCGCCUGCUCCGACUCCCGCGUGUGCCCGUCGGUGACCCUGGGCCUGCAGCCCGGCGAGGCCUUCACCGUCCGCAACAUCGCCGCCAUGGUCCCAGCCUACGACAAGACCAAGUACACCGGCAUCGGGUCCGCCAUCGAGUACGCCGUGUGCGCGCUCAAGGUGGAGGUCCUCGUGGUCAUUGGCCACAGCUGCUGCGGUGGCAUCAGGGCGCUCCUCUCCCUCCAGGACGGCGCACCUGACAACUUCCACUUCGUUGAGAACUGGGUUAAGAUCGGCUUCCCUGCCAAGAUUAAGGUGAAGAAAGACCACGCAUCGGUGCCGUUCGAUGACCAGUGCUCUAUUCUAGAGAAGGAGGCCGUGAACCUGUCCCUGGAGAACCUCAAGACCUACCCCUUCGUCAAGGAAGGGCUGGCCAACGGGACGCUCAAGCUGGUCGGCGGCCACUACAACUUCGUGUCAGGGGAGUUCCUCACAUGGGACAAUAAGCAGCCAUCGUGAAUCUAUAUAUAUACACUACAUGAUGCAUGUUCGUAUUCAGCAUGCAGCUACAUACAUAUAUAUAUACCGGAUCACCCAAUGCAAUGUGUGAAUGUGUAUUGUGUAAUAAGCAAUACCAUAUAUUCUACCAUUCUACCGCUUUUUUAUUUUCUAACGCCGAGCAUUCAUGUACUGUGUAUUUUAUGAUGACCGCCCUGUGUGCUCGUCAAAAGACAUCUGCUAUAUAUAAUCAUCUUUGGCGAGAUU